AUGAAGGCCGCCCGCAUGGCGCUGCGCAGCGCCGCCCCGCUGGCCGCGGCCGCCGGCGGCCGCCUGCCGCUCGAGGUGGAGACCUUUUCGCGCUUCUCCCCCUCGCCGCUCUCCAUCAAGCAGCUGCUGGACUUCGGCUCGUCUAAUGGCUGUGAAAGAACGUCUUUUGCAUUUCUGCGACAAGAGCUUCCUGUGAGGUUUGCAAAUAUUCUGAAAGAAAUUGAUCUUCUUCCCGAUAAACUGCUAAGCACUCCAUCAGUAAAGCUAGUAAAGAGCUGGUACAUCCAAAGCCUAAUGGAGCUGGUUGAAUUCCAUCAGAAAAGCCCAGAUGACCAAAAAGUCUUACAUGAUUUUAUAGAAACAUUAAUUAGAGUCCGAAACAGACAUCAUGAUGUGGUUCCUACAAUGGCGCAAGGAGUAAUUGAGUACAAAGAUACUUUUAAAGUAGAUCCUGUCACCAAUCAAAAUAUCCAGUACUUUUUGGAUCGUUUUUACAUGAGCCGUAUUUCUACCCGGAUGCUGAUGAACCAACACACCCUCCUUUUUGAUAACAAUGCUGGCUCAGGGCACCCCAGGCACAUUGGGAGUAUUGAUCCAUGCUGUGAUGUUGUUGAAGUGGUGAAUGAUGCUUUUGAGAGUUCCAAGAUGCUGUGUGACCAGUAUUACUUAACAUCUCCAGAACUGAAGCUCACUGAAGUGAAUGGAAAAUUUCCAGGAGAACCGAUUAACAUUGUGUAUGUUCCAUCUCAUCUCUUUCACAUGCUUUUUGAGCUCUUUAAGAAUUCAAUGAGAGCAACAGUUGAAUUUCAAGAAAAAAGUCCUUCCCUUUCUCCAGUUGAAGUGACAGUUGUUCUUGGACAUGAAGACCUUGCAAUUAAGAUCUCUGACAGAGGAGGUGGGGUUCCAGUAAGGAAGAUUGAACAGCUGUUCAGCUACAUGUAUUCUACAGCACCAAGGCCAAGGAUGGAUGAUGCUCGACAAACUCCUCUUGCUGGCUUUGGCUAUGGCUUGCCAAUAUCUCGUCUGUAUGCUAAAUACUUCCAAGGAGACUUAAAUCUCUACUCCAUACCUGGUUAUGGAACAGAUGCUAUUAUCUACUUGAAGGCACUAUCAACGGACUCAAUAGAAAAACUUCCAGUUUUUAACAAAUCUGCUUGCAAGCAUUAUCAAGCUACCUCAGAGGCAGAUGACUGGUGUGUCCCAAGUAAAGAUCCAAAGAACUUGUCAAGACAGAGUGCAGCUCUCUGAAGGGAUGUUGGUGUACAAGGCAUUCAAGGGGAUCAAGCUGUUUUCUCAACAAGGACUACUGUUUGGAAGUAUCUGUAUACUUUCAAACAGGCAMAUUUUCAGUUUUGUGACUGACAAGAGAAGGAAGAUGAGGCAUGUAUAACCUAGGCUGUAUGCAUUGAAUAAGAAAUCUUGCUGUGCACUUCAGGAAAAUAUGUAUGGAGACAUUUCCCUAAUGUCUUUAAAAAAGACACGUGUAAAGAGGAAAUUCAGUCUAUUUUUAGCUUAUGAUCAAAGACUUGAUUUGGUAGAAGUGUACAUUUUUUGAGUUCUGUCUAAUGCUUGAGUUCUGAAUGCUCAUAAAUGUCAGUUACAGUGGUUUAUAUUUUUCUCCUAGACUAGUUAUCAGCACCUCAUCUUAUUAAAGAACUCGUCAGGUAGGUAGGUGCACCUGUUCUUUCAAGCUGUGUUUAUAAGAUUGGGAAAAGAUCCUCUUAGCAUGGCAGGCUGGCACCAAGAUACGGAGAGGAGAGAAGUGGGCCCUGGCUGAGAGGGGGAGACCUUGCUGGGAGAGGAGACAGUAUCUGCCCUAUAAAAGGGGGAUCCCACUUAAGAGCAAAGCAAAUUGAACCCCCUGUAUUCCAGUAGCAGUUGUUAUGUGAUGGCUUGCUCUGAGUUACUGCUGUUCCUGGAAAAAGUAGCAGGGCAAGGCUGCUGUGCAAAAGAUACUAAGCAGGAAAUACUUAAGGAAAGAAAUGAAAUAGCACUUGGUURUUAUCAGCAAGUGGAACUGAAAGGUUUUGAUAUGUCUAGUGCRAAAAUGGCAUGGGAAACUGCUUGACAAAGGAUCUUGUGAUACCUUUUUUUUUMCUUUUGUCAUGCUGUUAUAGGAUUAGUGGCUCAGUAAACUAAACCAAAAUCCAAAGACUGGGACCUGUGGUUCAGGUUUUGCUUCUGUGUAAAAUCCAAGAACCUCCCCACAGCUUUGUCAAAUUUGUAUAGGGCCAUGCUUUAGCUUUAGCUCAAAGGUGUACUUGGAGACUCCGAAACUUGACAGCUGCAAUGAGCACUAAACCUCUGUUUUUAGGAGAAGGUUUUCAGAAAGAAUGGUGGAGAAAUAGAAUUUUCUUGCAGGAACUAUUCUUUACAAUGGAAAAURUUUAGUAAUUGAAAAGGUUUAAAAUACGAAUAGUAAUGAAAAGUCAAAUAACUUUUAUGAAUAGCAAAAUACGGGGGAAUGRCUACAGGAAGUAUGUCAGUAGGAAAGAGCUGUUGGGAAAAUAUUCCAUUUUCCAUGAGGUUCAUUUCCCAUUUCUUUGUGGACUUUCACCUCAUAAGUGAGGUAAACGUAAGAACAGGGUGAAAGUUAAGUUCUAUUUGGAAUUGCCAAGCUGKCCAGUCAAAGUUCAUCAGAGAUGUGUAUUUUUACUUGAAAACCUUUUGACUUAUCAGCAUCAUUAUCUUAAGUGUUAAUGAUCCUUGGCAAAGGCUCCAAAUACAGCAUAUAUAAGUACAAAUGMAAAUACAAAGCAUUCUGCCCGCUCGUAUGAUAGCUUUCUAAAGCACAGUCAUAUGUGGUGGGUAGAAAACCACUCCAUACUCUACUGUGAAUAUCAAAUGUAUUUCUCAAUAGCAAUAAKAGAAAGCUAGAAUUAUGUUUUUAUUCUAGCAGUCCUAUUGGGGUAGGAAAAUAUUCAGGGGUCCUGAAAUAGCAUCUGAUAUGCUUCACUUGUUUUAGAAACUUAAGUUUAGAAGCAUUUUUGUUAAAUACUAAGCAUAAUAACUUAAGUACUACAUGGAGGCCCAUUUAUGCKAGUGAAUAACAUGCUCACUGAAAGUCUAGAGAUUAUUUAUCUUAGAGCUCAACUCAGUGAAUGGAAUGGAUAAUAUAAAUGAAAUAUCUCUUUCUAGAAAAUACAGGUGUGCAAAAAUUCACUGCCAUAAUAUACUUGAAUACUUUGUUGAUUUUGUAUUGAAUACAAGGUCACAAAAACAUACCUAGGUAGUCAUUGUUGUUAAGUAAACACAAAUGAUACCUCUUUCUUUGUGCUCGAUUAUGCUUGAACAUGAGUUGUGAUCUCAUGACAUACUGUAUAUCUGUAAUAUAGCUUCAGCUWCUCCAGGUGGGAGCUGUGACUUGUAUUUCAAAGCAGUUGAAGCACACAGGUGCUGUAAGCACAUGUCUGUAAUAGUGCUUGUCGUGCUUGCAGAUAGAAGUUUUCUGCAUAAGUGUAACCUUUGAACUUGUGUGUUCAGAACACUGUAGCGGUACAGACAGUGGGAGGUCCAUAGCACUAUAGGAAUCCAUAUGAAAUAUCUCUUAAUAGUGAAAAGUUAUUUAAGGGCUGUCUACCUAGAUGAACACAGUGCCUUUUUCAGCAGUUACUUUUUUAAAAAAAUCCUGAAAAUAAAGCUCUAGUUUUAAGACU